CAAACGCAGAGUAUUUAACUCCGCAGUAGAAACAGAAAGCAAGGCCAGCUUAGUUGAAACCGAGGAGGCAGAAACUGAGUAAAACCUUUGAGAAACUGGUCUACGCAUUUGAGAAAUCUAAUAUUGGAUCGCUACCAGAUUUUGCAAUGGAAAGUCAUUGACCGUCAACUUGUAAACAACUGUAAGAUAUAAUUAGUAAACGCUUUAAGGUGAGGUAAAUUGUGAUUCUUUCCGAAGUUAGUACCGAUUCAUUGCUCAAUGGAUGAUAUAGUUCGAACAGCAGAAAAUGAUUCGCCUCCUGGGCGAACAGGACAUAUUGCUGCUGUACAUGAAAAAUGUAUGUAUGUGUGGGGAGGAUACAGAGAAAACCCGGGCGUUCUAACUAACACUUACUUCGGUGGUUGUGAAUUAUGGAUGUAUAAUGGCUUUUCAGAAAAGUGGUUGUUGAUAAGUUGUGUAAAUUCAGAUUUUCCACCGGGAAUGUCUGGAUCUGCAGCAGUAAUGAUUGAUGAAUACUUAUAUUUGUUUGGUGGUUAUGGGUACAAUGGUGAAGGUUGUACCAAUAGACUGUACAGACUUAAUCUUGAAACAUACGAUUGGGAACAUCUAAAUCCAACUGGACUAGCUCCAUCCCCUGUAGAUAAAAUGGUAGGAUGGCAGUAUAAAGGCAAAUUAUAUACCUUUGGUGGUUUUGGAAACCCUGACAGUGCUGCCGCUUAUGAUUUUCAGUUUGUUUUCUACCAUUUGCUUUGGAGAGGCUGGACAAACCAAUUUUUUGAGUAUGACCCACAAAAGAAUCAGUGGAACAGACCAGUAUGCACGGGAAACUUUCCUAGUGCUAGAGCUGCACAUGCUGCUGCUGUCAUGAAUGGAAAAGUUUAUAUUUUUGGAGGUCGACAUGACAGAUUCAGAUUGAAUGACAUGCACUGCUUAGACAUGGAGUCCAUGAAGUGGAGUGGCCCGUUACCUAUUGAAGGACCUAUACCUGAAGGUAGAUCAUGGCACAGCUUGACAGCUCUAACAGAGCGCUAUCUAAUUCUUUAUGGUGGUUUCAGUCAAAAUAAUGUAGCUUUAAGUGAUUGCUGGAGGUUUGAUACUACAAACCAUGUCUGGACCAUGAUUGAACUUCCUUUCAGAAAACCUCGUGUCUGGCACAGUGCUUGUCUAAAUAAUUAUAAUGAAGUUUUAAUAUAUGGUGGCUGUACAUCUAAUAUAUUAGACCUUGAAAGAACACCGGAGCAAGCUAGUGACAUCAUAGUAAUUGGAAUAACUCCCAAAUCACUUUUUAGAGCUGCUGAAAAACAGUGACUCAAUCGCAUUAAGAAUUAUGUGUUAAUGCAGUGCUGCCUAUGACCUUACUACACAAGCACUUUUGUAUACUGCCUAUCAGUAUUCAGAAGGUUCUUCGUGCGAGAUUUGCCCUGUAUGUGUCAAGUAAUUUAGAUGGUUCUUGAAAGAGGUUCAGACAACGAGUGUUUUAAAUUUGAAACCAAAACAAAAUUUUAAAAGAGAAAAGCAAAACUUUAAUGUGAUGAAAUGUUCUCAUGCAUUUCUGUCUUAUGUGUACAAAAAUCAUGUUAAAAUGUAAUUUUUGAAUUUUAUGCAAUAUAUACUUUUUAUAUAAAUGGUUAAAAUGUAUUGCAUAUAAUUGUAAAAUUAUAUUAACAAGAUUUUUAAAGGGUCAUAAAAUUCCUAACUGAUCAUAUUUAAAUCUUAAAAUAGUGAACAAGUUAUUUGUGGUCAUUUAUUUGACAGUGCUGUUUCAGUAUUAUUUCAGUAUCUGUCAUUAAGUAUGUUUAGCAUUUCAGAAUAAAUAUCUCAUUAUCAUUGUUAUAAUGUUGUAGGAAGUGAUUAAAAUUAACUGUGGGCUUUAUUUCUUAAAAUACUGAUGAUUCUAGACAUAAUAAUUCCAGUUAUGUGUAUAAUGCCAUAAUGCCAUCAGGUCCAUAAUGCUUUCCUGCUAUUCUGCAUAUUUAUGUUCAACUGUGGUAUUGUCAAAGUAUGUAACAAGAUUUUUUGCUUCAAAGAAUACAUUUUCAUUCUUCAGCCGUGAUGAGCUUUGUACUGUCUAGUUGUCAUGAUUUUUAGCUUAUAAGCCACUUCUUAUUCCUGAUAAUUAUAUGCGUUCACUAUUGUGUUGAAUAAUCCUAAUCAUAUCAAUGUAUCCUGAUGUAUGCCAAAAUUCAAUCUUGAUUAAAAUUAUUCAAUACAGUUGUAUGCUUCACUAUUGUGUUGAAUAAUCCUAAUCAUAUCAAUGUACCUGAUGUAUGCCAAAAUUCAAUCUUUAUUCUGCCUGCAAAAGCAAACUAAUUUAGAUGACCUUCUUAAUCUAUGUCCAUCUGUUUACGAAGGCUAUGCCUUGCUGCUAUUGCUGCAUCCCAUUUCUAGUUUUACUGGGAUGUAACCCACUGUUCAUUAUUUAGGUAAAGUGAACAUGUCCAAACCUCAGAACAUAACUUCCUAUUUUUUGUGCAGUCAGAUACAAUGUCAUAUUUAAAUUUAUAGAGUGUUUUUUACUAACAAUGAUUUAUGUAUUAUGUUUGAUUUGCUACUGUUUACACAAUGACUUAAGCUCCUUCAGAUUUCUUGAUUAAAAUCUUGCAUAAUUGUUUUAUUUGAGCCUUGUAAUAUCCAUUAAUGUACUUCUUUUGUACAAAUGGUAUAAGAAAUUUAUGUACGGAAUCUCUUAAUUCACUGCAGAAUGUAACAAAUAUCUUAACAUCUAGAUGUCAAAUAUUUAGAGAUUCUGUAAGAAAGCAUAUUUUUUUUCUUUUUUUUUGGGGGGGGGCAUAUAUUAAAAGUUAAAAAUGUGAAAUGUAUGCUUUGCUUGUUUCAUUAAAUCAUUACAUUAUCAUGUAUUUGAAUUUUUUUUAUUGUUGUUAUGAUUAUUAUUGACUUGGCAUUUACCAAAUGGUAUCACAUUGAGGUAAGUCUCAUUUGUAAUCUUGGAAGGUGAAUUUGCAUUGUUCAUUUUUCUCUUGGAUCUUAUCAUCAACAUUGAUAAAAUGAUUUUUGGCAUCAUAUUUCCACUUCUACCAGAACAUUGUGAAAGAUAGAAUUUGAACAUAUUAUGCAUUGCUUCGCUUUGUACAUUACUAACCUCUGGCUAGAACUUUGUGAAUUUUAUAUGAACUGAUAGAUUUUAAUUGCUCCAAUUCUUCUGUGCACACAAAAAUCCACCUUAAUCUCAAAUAUGGGCCUUUGGCAUGAGUGCAGACUUUGCUGACAACAUAUGGUCUGGGUGACCAAAAUAAAGGGCAUGCACAGAAUAACUUCCUGCAGAUGAAGAUUGCCAAUUUUUUUAAUUGCUUUGCAUCUUUUCAUUUCAAAUCAGUGCGAAUUUAAGAUUAAGUGAUUUCAUAUCAGUGCGAAUUUAAGUAAUGUUUAUUUUAAAAAAUUCGCAUAUAUCAUUGGUAUUACUUAAACACAAUACUUCACUGAAAAUCAUAUUAUUAGAAGAAUAGCCACUUGUAGGAUCGGCAGCCUGAAAUAGUUAUUAUAAAAAAGAAUAUAUAUAUAUAUACUAUGAUUUUAAUGAAUCUAGGUAGUGCAAUUUCAUCAGUCCUGUUAGUGAUUAACAAUAGAAGUGCAGAGUUAUAUUAAUUGCUUUUAACUUCCUCAGUUUAUUAAUCAAUAACAUGCAGAUUAAAUUUGAAGGAAAAAUUAAAUAUCUUGCAUUUUACCAAAUGGUAUCACAUUGAGGAAGGUUAAAAUCGCUUACUUUCUAGCAGUGGCAAUACUCUUUUUUAAAUUUCUGAACUUGUUAAGUUUGAAAGACAAAUAUCGUAAACUUUGCAAAACGGCCACUUUUUUCUUUUAAUUUCUGAGUUCUCUGAUUAAAUUAAAAAGUAAAUAUGUUAUGCUUUGCUGAGUUGCAAUAUAUUGCUUUUAAAUCACAGAGUUUGUUAAUCAAGAAGUUGCUGCAUUUACAUAAAAUAUGAAAUAAAUAAAACCUAAAAUUGCACUGUGAGGUGCACAUGCUCAUGUGGAUGGUUAUGUAUGUUUAAAAUUUGGUGGGUCCUGUUGCUGCUGUUUUAUAACAUGAGGAAUAUACAGCUUUUUUUGUUAUUUAAUAAUAGAGAUAUGUUGUUGAAUUUUAGGUAGAAAUAAGAUACAAACUUAAAUUUUUAACAAACUUGUUCUUGUCUAGAUUAAUAAUAAAAAUGCGGAUAAGGAACUGAAAGUUCAAAAGGAAAAUUUCAAUCAUUUUAUUAAAUGAACUAACAAAAAGUCUGCUGAAAGUAAAUGUAAGGUAUUAUUUUAUCCAAACUUGCAUUUGUUGUGAGCUUUUCUCUUUUUUAUACAUAUACGUAAAUGUAUAAAAGAUCUGUGUCUAUAGGUGUAUUUUGUAUCACUUUGGUUUUGCUAGAAACUUAAAAUUGAGACUUUUUAUUUUCAGAUAUUAUGUAUUUCAUCAGUUUUUAUUUUUGCUUAUUAUUCUCAUUUCAUCUGUUACUGUGUUACAAAUUAGACAUUUAUUUCUAAUAAAGUGUUUUACUUUA